AUGAAGCUGUCUGCCAUCUUCCUUCUCCCUCUCCUUCAUGGAGCUGUUUCCGCAACCAACGCGGUCUCCUCGGAGUGUACAGAAACACACACACUCCCUAUCAUCACCACUGAUAUGAUUCCUGGGGCGACUCUUGAACCUCAUGCUUCCGGCUACAACUCGCCUUCAGGCAAUACCAGCCAGAAUAAUGCUGGACCGACGAAAAGCACUGCCCUGCCCCCUAUCAUUCCCGGCGGCUCUGGCUCUAGCUCUAGCCCUGGCUCCGGUUCUGCUCCAGGUGGCUCGGCUCCAAGUGGCAUGGCUCCAGGCUCCGGUUCAGGCUCCGGUUCAGGUUCGGGAUCUGGCUCUGGAGCUGGAGCUGGAGCUGGUAGUUCUGGCUCUACUCCAGGCUCAAAUACUACCCCAAUCCCCUCGGAUCACCCGCAGUACGCUUCUGCAGCCUCCAACCCCUCUGCCAAGAUUGUUGGUCUAUCCGCGUUUGUGGCUGGAUCUAUCGCGUUGGUUCUGACCAACUUCUGA